AUGAGGCCCAAGAAGAGAGCCAGUAUACCAAAAUAUCACAAUUCUGAUUAUACCAUGUGUUUUAAAAGUCUUACAGAAACUCUUGUUAGAAGAACAGAGUCAGCAUCCCCAGAACUCAUAAGCAAACUCAAGCUAUGUCCUUAUGAAAAGUUCCUGGAACUAUGCAAAAAGGAGGCUGGAAGGAUUUAUCCAAUAAGAGAGAAAGAGGACCGCACUCGUCUGGCCCUCAUCAUCUGUAACACAGAGUUUAGCUACCUCCCAAGGCGUAAUGGUUCUGACUAUGACAUCAAUGGAAUGAAGGUGCUGCUUGAGGACCUGGGCUACUGUGUGCAUGUGGAAGAGAAUCUCACAGCCAGGGCCAUGGAGUUAGUGCUAAAGACAUUUGCUGCCUGCCCAGAGCACAGGUCCUCAGACAGCACAUUCUUGGUGUUCAUGUUUCAUGGCAUUCUGGAUAGAAUCUGUGGAACUAUGCAUAAUGACGGAAAGUCAGAUGUGCUAUCUUAUGACACCAUAUUCUAGAUUUUCAACAAUCGAAACUGCUGCCAUCUUAGGGAUAAACCCAAGGUCAUCAUCAUCCAGGCCUGCAAUGGUGCAAACAGUGGAGAGGUCUGGGUCAGCGACUCUCCAGUGCCCUCAGCAGACAGCUCUGAAGGACCAGAGGACCUGAAGGAUGAUGGUGUUCAUAAGACCCAUGUAGAGAAAGAUUUUGUUGCUUUCUGCUCCUCAACCUCACAUAAUGUUUCUCGGAGAAGUACGAGUGGUUCUCUCUUCAUCGCCCUACUCAUAAGUCAUGUUCAAAAAUAUUCUUGGUGUUUUCACCUGACAGAAAUAUUUAUGAUGGUUCAAUGAUCAUUUGAAGAACCAGGUGUUAAAACCCAGGUGUUAAGACAAACUAUGACCAGACAUUUUUACUUCUUUCCAGGCAAUUAA